AUGACUUUGUAUGAAACUAUUGAAUUAUGGAAUAAUAUAAACUCGAAAAGGAAUUAUAAAUCUGAGUUGACUUGUUAUUCUAAAUCGGAACAUUUUAAUGAAUCUAAGGAACAUAAGGAAUUGGAGCUUAAAUCACUGAGAGAAAAACUAUUUGAAAUAUCAGAACCGAAUUGUACAUUAGAAGAAAAGUACAUAAAAGCAAGUGGACCAGGAGGACAGAAGAUAAAUAAAUCGGCAAUUUGUGAUCAGUUAAUAUAUUCAAACCAGUCCGGAAGCAUUAAAAUAGUCAUUAAGUGUAAGAAGCACAGAACACUAAUGUUGAAUAGAAUAGAAGCAACAAAGAUAUUAAUUUCCCGAAUCGAGGAAAUGAAAGAAAAUGAAAUUGCAGAACUGAAGAAGGAAAACUUUAGAGAAGCAAUUAAAAACAGGAAACUGACGGAGAAGGAAAAGAAAAUAAGAAUGAUAUUUAAAAGACAUAGAGCAAUAAAGAAGAAAGCAAGCACGCUGAGGAGCGAGAGCCCAUUGUACAGCAAGUAUAAUGUAAAACUGGAAAAAAGUAAAAAUGCAGUUAGUAGAUUGAAGCCUAAGGCAUGGAAAUUAGGAAAAAAAGGUAGAGUAGGUAAUCGCAGUAAAAAAAUAGAGACCCUGGAAGAGUUGUUUGCAACAGAUAACGAUGUGCAGAGGUUGAUCAAGGAGAAGAACGCAUACGCAAGAUACACAAGUGAGAUGAGGAAUCCAAUAUUGAAGAAAAUAGCACACGAUAAUCAGCUUAAAUCAAGAGAGAAAAUAAAAAAAUUAGCAAAAAGAGCAGAAAGAAAAUCAAUAAAGUAUAUGAAGAAACUACUGAAAAAAGUUAAAUUAAAAGAAGCUAAAUUGCUUGAAAGUAGUAAAAACGCAGUAGAAGUGAGUAAGUGGAAGGAAAAGGAGAAGGAAAACAAAAAUGCUGAUGAAAAAAAUCAUGCCUACGAAAAGUCGGUCAGUAGUGAUAAUGAGAAAGUAAAGGUCUACAGAAGAUCGAAAAUAACAGAAAGGGAACUGAGGUCACUGCCGCUGAAGGCACCAGGGAUAAGAGCACUGGAACCAGAUUCGGCAGAUGUGUCAGUGGAGGAAGUGGAGUCCCUGAUAAAGCUAGGAUACGAUGGAAUCGUGGACAUGAAUUCACUGUUUACGGAAAAAGGUGAAGCUAAUAAGAGUAGUAGAAGCAGGAAAGAAGAUGAGAACAAUGCUGAAUCGAAGGAGCUAGAAGCAGAGGAAAAAAGUGGAACCUCAGAGAAGAUGAUGCACAAAAACAAAGUAUCAUUUGAGUCACUGGGAAUGUACGAUGAGAAGCUGAUCAGGACCCUGAAGAUAAAGGGGAUAAGUAGACCAACUGAAACACAGAGUAGAUUCAUGCCAGAAUUGAAUAAAAUGUUGCAAAAAGAAAAAGGAGAUAAGGGAGUGAAUGUAAAGAGUAGCAUCAUUCACGCCUCAACAGGGUCAGGAAAGACGCUGACAUACAUGUUGCCGAUACUUCAAUCAUGUUAUAACGAAAGCAUACCAAUGUUAACCCAAGGAUCGACCUACAGCUUAAGUAACAACGCAGGAGGCGACGCGUCAGGAUACGAGUCGACGCUGACGUACACAAGAAAGCUGCUGAACCAGGAUAUAUUAGUAAUAUGCCCCUCACUAGAGCUGUGCGUGCAGUCAUGUAACGUAGCAAAGCAAAUAAGUGAAGGAUACGAAUCGAUGGAAAUGAAGACGGAAAUAAAGCCAACACUGUUGAUAGGAAAUGCAAACAUAGCGUACCAGAAAAAAAAUAUUAAGAAGAUAAAUGGAGUGAAACUUGAAGACUAUAAGGAGGCUAAGGAAGUGAUAGAAAAAAAUAUAGAGGAAUAUGCGCUGUCAAGAGGCUCAGCGGAGCCAGAAGGAGAAGUAAAAAGAACAGUGGGAAUGUACUUCGCAACGCCAGGACGCCUGUACUCAAUACUGUAUAAGCACAAGUUGUUGAAUAUUAGUAACUUCAAGUACAUAGUAAUGGACGAGUACGAUAGCUACCUCGAAAAUAGGAACACGAACAGAAAUGAAGAUGGAGAUGUGAGUGGAUCAGAAAGCGUAGACGGCAACAUAAAGAAUAAACAAACGAGGGAGCUGAUAGAAAAUAUGUUCGACAAAUUGAGGAAUCAGAAUAAAUUGGAAGAUAAUGAGUACGAAGAAUAUGGUGAAAAAGAAGAAGAACAUGAGGAAGCUUUCAGAAGCCUGAGGAGGAAGUACGUAGUAUGUGUGUCGGCAUCAGAUAACAUAGAAAUGAUGCCGGAAGAACUAAAAAAGCAAUUUAAGAGUUUAAAAGGAAAGAAAAGGAAGUUGGAAGGAGAAUUGACAGUGGAAUCCAGAGAAAAUGAAAAGGGAGAAGGGAAAAAAGGAAGAAGUGUUGAAAAGUCGUACGAGUUUCCGAAAAAUAUCCUACACACCAUGGCAAUAUACAGUGUGCCGGACGCAAAAUUGUCGUUGCUGAGAAAAAUAUUAAAAUCGGUGCCAUAUAAUAAGUCAGUGUUGAUAUUUUGUGAUUCUAAUGGCACGGCGAGCUUUUUGAACAAAUAUCUGUCAGGAAUAUUCAAGGAUGCGUCAAUAGAGCUGCUGAACAGCGUGCAAAACAGGCUGAGCAGAAAGAAAGCGUUCACAAACAUAAUACAGACGAACAUAGAUAACACGAAUCUGUACAAUAUAAAUAAGAAGACGACGAGGCUGGUGAAGGAUAUACUGAUAUCGACACGACUUAACUCGAGAGGAAUCGAUUUUAGCGGAUACACGCACGUAAUCAACUAUGACUUGCCGCACGGUAAGAUAGGUGGAACUAAAAAUAGUAUUUGCAGACACGGACUCAUACAUACACAAGAGCGGAAGGAUAGGAAGAGCAGGAAACCCAGGAAUUUGCAUAAGCCUAGUGGAGUCGAAGAAUUUCCCAGCCUUCAAAAGAGUAAUCGUCGACCACCUGCCGCUUCAGUUCCACAGAAUAGAAGCGAACAACGGGUUGUUGGUGACGAAAAGGUAGAAGAAAUGGACAUACUGCCGACGAACGUGUCGUCGUUCAGAACGAGUGGGUACUGGAAUCAGUUUUACAGUAACCCGAAGCUGAAGGAAUUUGAAUGGUACCCAGUAGACGCAAGUAAAACGAACGUGUACAUUGAUAUAAGGGAUAUACUGGAGAAAUUUUACAAGUGUAUAGCGGAAAGAGACGUCGGAAGCGGAAUCGAAGAGUUGAAGGAGUCAGUGGUGGUGAACAUAGGAUGCGGGAAUUCGAACCUGUCAGAUGUGCUGCUGGAUGAGGGAUUCAAGAACAUAUACAACCUGGACUUCUCGCAGCAAGUGCUGGAUGAGAUGAAGGAGAAGAGCGGAGACGGAGCAUACUUCGUUAACGUAGACGUGUCGAAGAAGGAGUACGAGGAAUUCGGAGUCCAGUUGAACGAAAAGCACGGAGAAACGCCGAAGAUAAUAGUGGACAAGGCGUUCAUGGACGCAUUUGUAUCAGUAGACGAGAAUGAGUCGAGGGAGCUGAUAAAAACGAGAGCAAAGAUAUAUUUGGAAAACACGUUUAAAAUGAUGAGAGAGAGAGACGUGUUUAUAAUAAUAUCAGUAUCGCAAGACUACGUGGUGGCAGAGCUGAUGAGAAACUUGCUCAUGAAGAAAAUGUACGUGGACGUGUACCCGCUGUACAAGAAGGCUGAGAGGAAGGCGCACAUGAUACAGUUCAUCUACGCAAUAUACAAGUACGAGGAGAAGGGAAGGAGGGUAAGGAAGCAGUGCGUGAUGAAGGACAUGCCGAACAUGCCAAGCGAGGAGUUUGAAAUGGGACAGCUGCUAAGUAGGAAAUACGAGUAA